UAUCCCACCUCCACCUUCAACCUCCUUCUCCACCUCCAUCAAUGGCGGCCACUACCACCACCAUCCAUUCCCUCCUCUUCCUCACCGCCAUUGCUCUCCUCCUCCCUCUCUCCUCUCCUCUCCCUCCCCCACUCCAAUCCCUCCUCUCCCUCAAAGCCUCCCUCUCUGACCCUCUCUCCACCUUUUCCUCCUGGUCUUUACCUUCCAAUCUCUCCUCCCCCUCGCCAUGGUGCUCCUUCUCCGGCGUCACCUGCGACCCUAUCACCUCCGCCGUCACUUCCAUUGACCUUUCCUCUCGUAACCUCUCCGGCCAUCUCCCUUCCUCUUCUCUCCUCCUCCUUUCUCCCUCCCUCUCCCACCUCAACCUCAGUUCUAACUCUUUCUCCGGCCCUCUCCCCCAAUCCAUCCUCCUCCUUCGCCAUCUCCUCACUCUCGACAUCAGCCAUAAUGACUUCAACUCCUCCUUCCCUUCCGGUCUCUCCGACCUCCGUCACCUCACCGUCUUCUCCGCUUAUAGCAAUAGCUUCACCGGCCCUCUCCCUUCCGGCUUCUCCAAUCUAUCUAAUCUCCAGCAUCUCAACCUCGGCGGCAGCUUCUUCUCCGGCCCAAUCCCUGAUGAUAUCGCCUCUCUUGCCUCCCUCCAGUUUCUCCAUCUGGCCGGGAAUUUGCUCUCUGGUGAGCUUCCUUCUGGCCUUGGUUCCUUGCAUUCUCUCCGACAUCUUGAGAUUGGUUACAACUCGUUCAAUGGCGGCAUUCCGGCGGAUGUCGGAGCAUUGAGGAGUCUCCGAUAUCUUGAUAUCUCGUCGGCGAAUCUCUCAGGUGAGAUCCCCAGUGAGCUCGGGAACCUCACUAGGCUUGAAUCCUUGUUUCUCUUCAAGAAUGCUCUCUCCGGUCGCAUUCCAGAGAGCUUCUCCGGGAUCAGGGCAUUGAAGGUUUUCGAUCUUUCUGAUAACGAGCUCGCCGGGCCGAUUCCUGCCGGUGUUGCAUCUUUUGAGAAUCUCACGCUGCUUAGUCUCAUGAACAAUAAGCUUUCCGGCGAGAUUCCGGUGGGGAUUGGUGAGCUUCCGGAUCUCCAGGCUCUGCUCCUGUGGAACAAUUCGUUGACUGGAGGCUUGCCGCCGAAGCUUGGGCUAAAUGGGAAGCUCGAGAGGCUCGACGUCUCUUCGAACUCGCUUUCCGGGCCGAUCCCGGCUGGGGUUUGCACUGGGAAUCGUCUCGUUCGGCUGAUUCUGUUCUCCAACUCAUUCGACUCAGAGCUUCCGAGUGGACUCGCGAGGUGCCAGUCACUAUGGCGGAUUCGCAUUGAAACUAACCGGUUCUCCGGCGAGAUUCCCGCCGGAUUCGGCCUUCUUCCCAACCUAACGUACAUGGACCUCAGCCAGAACAACUUCUCCGGCAGCAUCCCGCCGGAUUUAGGAGCCGCGCCACGGCUAGAGUUCCUCAACGUCUCCAAAAACCCACUGAGAAGUGUUCUCCCGGAGACGAUCUGGGGUGCGCCGGAUCUCCAGAUUUUCUCGGCAAGUUCGUGCGGGCUCAUCGGGGAGAUCCCCAGCUUCGGCCCCGGUUGCCGGAAUCUCUACAAGGUCGAGCUCGCCGGAAACCAGCUCAAUGGAAGCAUUCCAAUGGACAUCGGUCGCUGCUCCAAACUCCUCAACCUGAAUCUCAAUCAUAACCGGCUGGUCGGAAUAAUCCCGCCGGAGCUCUCCACCUUGCCGUCGAUCACCGACAUUGAUCUCUCCCACAACGAGCUAGUUGGCCCCAUCCCUCCAAGCUUCGAUAACAGCAGCACUCUCGAGAACCUCAACGUCUCCUUCAACAGUCUCUCCGGUGAAGUCCCCACCGCCGGCACCAUCCUCAAGAACCUCCAUCGGUCCUCCUUCUCCGGCAAUGAAGCUCUCUGCGGCGAGCCCGUCCGAAAACCAUGCGCUUCAGAGUCAUGGCGGCGGGCAGAAGAGCCAGAGACCACCACCAAAGGAUCAGCUGGAGCAACAUUCGUCUGGAUAGCCGCCGGGGCCGUAGGCGCCGGCCUUGUUGUCCUCUUCGUCGGUGCACGGUGGACACGAAGCCAAGAGGAAGACGAAUGGCCUGGGCCAUGGAAGCUCACCGCAUUCCAACGUCUCAACUUCACAGCAAAUGACGUAGCCGAGUCCAUUGCCAUCACUGACCAGAUCAUCGGAAUGGGCUCCACCGGCACCGUGUACCGCGCUGACAUGCCAUCCGGCGACAUCAUCGCUGUGAAAAAGCUUUGGGGUAGAAGCAAAGACGAGAAGCCAUCAGUGUCGCGCCGAAGCCGUGCCGCAGUCGCAGCUGCCGCGGCCACAUUAGCAGAGGUUCAAGUUCUCGGCUCAGUACGCCACCGGAACAUUGUUCGUCUUCUUGGAUGCUGCAGCAACUAUGAAUCCACAUUGCUGCUCUACGAGUUCAUGCCUAAUGGUAGUCUCGAAGAUCUUCUUCAUCGUCCAUCUGGAAUUAAUGCCAAAGAUGGGACUAAGCUUGCCGGAGACUGGCUGACUCGAUACCGGAUUGCUCUUGGAGUUGCUCAAGGUGUUUGUUAUUUGCAUCAUGACUCUGAUCCAGUUAUACUUCACCGUGACUUGAAACCAAGCAACAUUCUUCUUGAUGAAAGAAUGGAGCCACGGGUGGCUGAUUUUGGUGUGGCUAAACUCAUUCACACUGAUGCCAAGCAUACAAUGUCAGUUGUUGCCGGUUCUUAUGGCUACAUUGCUCCUGAAUACGCCUACACAUUGCAAGUGGAUGAGAAAAGUGAUAUUUAUAGUUUUGGAGUUGUGUUGAUGGAGAUUGUGAGCGGGAAAAGAACGGUGGAGGCAGAGUUUGGAGAAGGAAUUAGUAUUGUUGAGUGGGUGAGAGGGAAGGUGAGCAAAGGGGAUGUUGCAGCUGUGAUGGAGGUGCUUGAUAAGAAAAUUGGAGCAGAUUGCAAACAAGUGAGGGAGGAGAUGUUGCUUGUUCUUCGGAUUGCUUUGCUUUGUACUAGUAAGAAUCCGGUUGAUCGGCCGUCGAUGAGAGAUGUGCUGUCUAUGCUUAGAGAAGCCCGGCCGAACCGGAAGGUGGUUGCGACCGGGGAGGAGGAGGGUGGUUGUGGUGGUUGUGGUGGUGGUGGUGGUUUUCAGGGUAUGCACCAGUUUGUGGCUAACAACACUUAGAUAUGUUUGUUGAUGUGUUUAUAGAGGUUUUUUUUUUUCCCACUAAUUUGGUUGUUUUUUUUAUUUGAUUUUGGCUUUCUUUUCUUCUUUGUUUGCUUGCAUGAGCGGAGAUUUAGUUGGUCUUAUUUGGCUUGGGAUUGUACAAGUGGGACCUAAUAUAAGUUUGCUUUUUUUUGUUGUUUUGUUUU